GACAUUUACAAGAAGAGUGAAACGCAUGGAUAAAUAUCUACUUUCAAAACUACCAGUCAAACCAGAAUUUCGAAAUGUUUUCUAUUCUGCAUUACGUGUCUACCGACAUAUCUGAUACCGUUCAUAAUCCUGGUAUAUUCGAGAUACAAACAGUAGUUUUGAAAUCAGAGACGUUAGUGGAUAUGAGGAUUAUGCAUGGGACAACUACAGGCGAAGUCCUGUUCAAGAUGUUUCAACCAUCACAGAGGAUUUCUCUUCCUUGGGAGAAAUAAGUGUAGUUUCGUGAUCUUUGGGCGCCUUUGAGUCCACUCAACUCUAAUGGGUACCUGACAUUAGUUGGGGGAGAGUAAAGGCGUUUGGUCGUUGUGCUGGCCACAUGACACUUUCCCUAACCGUGGGCCACAGAAACAGAUGACCUUUACAUCAUCUGCCCUAUAGACCAUAAGGCCUGAAAGGAACUUUACUUGUUUUACUUACUAAUGAUGGUGCCACAGGUAUGGUUGACAGCAAGAGUUAUUAGAAAAGUUUUCUAGUGGAAUGGAACCGGGCCUCUGUGGCUUCAUUGAAUUAAUCCUCAACAAAAUGUGUGUGGCCAGGUGUUCAGGCUGGACCAUGUGAUUAUGAUCGUGUUCAGAUUGAACAAUGUUCGUCGUUUCUAAGAUCCAUUUGCCGCCAAUGUGUCAUUGCCGGACAGAGCUGAAACUGGAACUGAUUGACUUACAAAGUUAAAUAUUCCUGCUUGACAAAUUUCAGGUGAUACAGACAGCUGACUUCUACUCUGUGUUGCUUGCAGAAACUUUUCUAAAUCUCUAAAAUAAUCGUUAACAACAAUUGGAAUCACUUAUUGGUGAGGUUUUCAGUGAUGAAUCGUGCGAAACCCGUAUUACAGAAUCAUCUCAAGGACGAAUAUUUAGAAUUCUAGAUUGAGUGUUCAGACUUGGCGUCUCGUCUAUGCAGACGGAUAUUUAAAACUUGGUUUAGAAUAAAGUUCUCAUUAAUUAAUUCUUCAAGCAUCUUAAGCAACAGGAUUAAACAUGGCAUUAGGAAGUCCGUAUUUUAUUUGCGUUUCAAGCAUUCUGACUUUGUUACAUCUGACGAGCUCGGAGAUUUUCACGUCAACAGUCAAGGUAGAACGUAUGAUUCUAGAAGAGGAAGAGCUUCUCAAAGAGUUGAAACGUUACAUAGAUUAUCAAUACGAUCGUUUGAAACUAUUUUACAAUUUUUAUUCUGAUCGUCUGCGAGAUGUACGACAUAGAAGUGUUUCAGAUAUUCAUGAACAUUUAAAACAUCCUAACGCCGUGUAUCAUGUCAUUAAGAAAUUUGCUACAGACUAUAAGAGCAUAUUGGGGGAAAACUACGAAAUAUUUCGGCAAAGUGUGCAGAAUUCAUUUAGACAAUUGAUGGCAGACACCAAUGAUAUUCGUGGUGCUAGAUUAUCACUUCUUCGGCUUCAGGAAGUUUACAACAUGAAAUCACUUGAUAUGAUUGAAGGUAAUUAUCUGGGGUUUAAAGGACCUCCACUUGGACCACGCGAUGCUUUUGAAAUUGGACAAACUGCUUUCACAGUUGGCAAAUUAAACAUAAGUCUGGAUUGGUUAACUCUGUCCCUACAAAUGUAUCGCUCACUACAUGGUGCUGAUGUGGAGCAAAUGCUGUUUAGACCAUCAGAAGGAAGUAUAAAGGCGCUCAUUGGUCGUGUACAUUUAUUUAGAGGUGAUGAUGAUGAAGCCGAGAGACUUUACAAUGAAGCCAAAAUAUUAGAUCCAACAAAUGGUGAUGUUUUGGAGCUGGGCAAAGAGUUACAAAUUAAGCCGAGAGCAGAACCGAUUCCAACAGUGGAUUACUUUCAAAACUUUAGUCGACUCUGUAGUCUAGAAAAUAGAAAUUAUCCUGCAGAUCCCAGUAAUCCAAAAAUUCGAUGUAGAUACAGAGAAGCUCUCUUACCUUAUUAUAGGUUUAAAGAAGAAAUCCUUUCUAUUUCUCCAUUUGCUUCAGUAAUUUAUGACUUUGUCAGUGAAGAUGAAAGCAAACAUUUGAAAUCAUUUGUUGAAAAUAAGCUUGAAAGAGGAAAAGUUGGUGGAAAUAAUUCUGUUAUUUCGGAUAUCAGAACCAGUGAUUUAGCUUGGAUUUGGGAUAAUGAUUCUACUAAAGCUAAAACACUUGCCAAAAAAAUAGAACAUGUGACAGGGCUUGACACUUCACAAAGAUUACCCGAUGGACCUUCUUCUGGGGAGGCAUUUCAAGUAGUGAACUAUGGUUUAGGUGGCCAUUAUGAAGUUCAUAUGGAUCCUUUUGAUGCUGCACCAGAACAAGGGGAAUUACAAUAUUCUGGCGAAAGAAUUGCAACUUUUCUUAUAUAUUUAAGUGAUGUCCAAAGAGGAGGAUCUACUGUCUUUACUCGUGUUGGCAUUGCUGUAGCCCCUAAGAAAAACAUGGCGUUAUUUUGGUACAACUUUGAUCCAGCUCAUCAGAAAGAUGACCUUACUCAUCAUGCUGGUUGCCCUGUUUUGAUUGGCCAAAAAUGGAUUUGCAACAAAUGGAUAUGGACUUAUGGCAAUACAUUCAGAAGGCGUUGUGGAUUAACACCUGAUGCGACUCAACUAGAUAUUGAAGAAGAUAUGAAACAUGGCUAUAAAUGGCAUUGAUUUUAUUGGUUCAUUUAUUUCUGUUCUAUUGUCUACUAUUAUUAUGUCCCUAAAGCUUUUUUUUUUUUAUUGAAAAGAAUGUGGGAGGGUAGGUUAAUGUACAGAAAAUUGACUCUAUGCGAUAAAAAGUUUUUAAAAAUCAUAUUAAGAUAAUAAUUAUUAUUCAAUAAACAAAAAGAGGACAACAAUAUUAAUAAGUAAUGUAAUUUUUCAAUUUUAAUUAUCCUUCCAUCAUGGUUUUUUUUUUUAGAUUUUUGUAACAAAUUGUUUGUUAUUAUGUCAUCAGUUUAGGUAACUCUUGUUGCAUUGGGUUAACAAACACAUAUAGCCGAAUUCUGUUUCGGAUGCGCCCAGAUGAGUACAGCUAAAUAUUAGGAUCUCAAAUGAUGCUUUUUUUUUUCUAUAACUUGUAUGUUCUAAAAUAUCUCUGAGAUACAAUGAGAAUAUCUCAUUAUCAAGCUAAAGUAUCCACUGGCUUUUAAAUAUUCCAAUUCACACAUUUAAACUAUUAUUUAAUAGUCUAAAAAUCUUUGUAUAUUGAAUUUUAUUUUUCAUUAUUAUAAUCUCAAACUACAGUCUAACCAUUCCAUUUCAUUGGUACUGCAUUGCAUGGAUGACCCUUUGAUACUCCAACCCAUCUUAUCAUUUAAAAUCUCUCCCAAACUCACUUCUAGCAUUAUUGAGGCAUGUUAUUGUUCUGCCUAAGAGUCUUCUUCCUUAAUUUUUUACUGUACCUUACGCACUCUUCAAUAUUGUUUUCAAGGGGCCUGCCCAGCAGUAUCUUUUUUAUUUCUAUCACUUGAGAUGGAUCUUUAUUUAGUUGACAUAGUUUCUAAUUGCUGUAGAAUCAGCACUAGCCUAUUACUGUUUCCAUUUUGUUUUUAGAACUGCUUUCUUGAGUAUGUAUUAAAUUUUCCUUAUUUUCAAAAGUAUCAAGGUCUCACAAAAUGACUACUGGUCAUAUGAUAGUUUUGAAGACAGGUUUUUUGUUAUGCUUUUGAAUGAUCUUAUUGGAGUUCAUUAUUGAUUCUCUCUAUUUAAAGGUAUAUACUAGUUUUAAAAAAAAAUGUAAGCUAUUCUUAUAUUUUGUUUCUACUCUGUUCAUCUCUUACCAAUAUACAUAUUUUGUUAUGGUCCAUUCUCUUUUCUGGACCUAAGGAAAGAGGGGGUAUAUGGGAGUAGGUUUUCUUGCUGCCUUUGGUAAUCAGCACACCUAACUCAGCUCUAGUUGGGAUUCAAACUCAACUCAAACUUCCUUGAUAGGUGGAGUAUGCCACUCAGCCACAUAACCCACACAUCUUUCAAAAAACCAACUUCUAGUUCUGUCCAAAAAAAAUUUUUUGUAUCAACUUUCUUUAGUGUAAGCUUGAAAAGCAUUCUUGAUAGCGAGUCUUUAAUCUUAAUUGAAUCUUUUCUUGGGUGUAUGAUUUUUACUUUCAGGAUUGUUAAGUUAUUUAUUGUUAGUUUGUAAAGUAUUUCAAAUCCAGUAGCAUCUGCAUUAUCUGUUGAUGUUAAGUCCUUUUUUUCUGUAGACAUUAUAAGAUUAAAAUGUGUUGAGUUGUGACUUAAUUAAACUUGAAUCCUUAUUAGUAGUCACCAUGAUAUCUACAUAGUAUUUCAAGUCUCAUAGUAAUUGACUUAGGAUUUUGGUUGCCAACCAAGCCUGGAUAUUUUCUAGACCUUUGGAUUUUGUUACUAUGGUAAUUAUUGUACGGUCAGCUUUAGGUUUUCCGUUCUGUCUUUUGGUUACUAUAGUUUUGACUUCUUGUAGAUUGUGGUUGGUAUCUUGAUGCUUUUUUUUUUUCUUUUGACCUGUCACUUGAGUUGUUUUACCUCUUUCAACAUUCAUGUGCGUAGUGACCCUUAAUAAUAAUAUAAUAAUGAUAAAAAUCUUUAUUGUCCUUGAGGAAGAUGACAGUAACUACAUUCUACAUCUCUAGUCUUACAUUGUGAUGCAUAAUGUCCUUUGAAAUUGCAGUGUGUACAUAUUGGUGUUCUUUCUGGUCUUUCGAGUUUUGGUGUUCUGGUUUCUUUGGUAUAACAUGAAAUUUUUGUCUGCAGACUGCUUAUUUGGUUUGUUGGGAUAUGCCGCUCUAUAUUGUCUGAUUACUUGAGUUAAAGUUUGAAUGUCUUUUGGAUUUCUUUCAAUUGUAAAUGAUUAUCUUCUGAGUGCACAUGUAUCAAUAAUGACAUGUUCACAAAGAUUUUCAUAGAUUUUAUUUUUGACAAAGAGAUCCAUCUAUCAGACCACAUUUUCAUGUUUGAGAUGAAUAUUUGUGGUUCGUCUUCUUGUUGAAGCCUUUUUUUGUAAACCUAUUUCUGUUUGUGUCUUGUGUAGCGCCAUACUGUCUCAGCAGUGCUUCUUUAACGUUCUGUAGCUGUCUAGUUCAUGUGCUGGAAGUUGGAUAGAAAUGUCUAUGGCUUUACCUGUAAGAAGGCUCAUUUAAGUUCUUGAAUAUUGAUCUUCAGGCUGACCUGAUGCUUUUUCUAAUUCUUCAAACAGCAUUAGAUAAGAAUCAAUAUUGUCUUUUGAUUCUUGAAAAUUGGCCAUUUUUUACAUGUCUUUAUAUUUGUCAAAGCCUGCAGUCCUUAGUCGUGCACCCGAUGCUUCUUUCUGUGCCUUCGCUUGUUUUACUUCUUGUUAUUUCAUUAAGUGUCCGUGUUCCAUUUGUUCUAAUAUUUUCUUUUCAUAUUCUUUAUAAUUUUGUUUUGCCCAUUGUAAUUUUUCAGGUUUAGAUAUGCCUGCUUCUUUAGCCAUGUCAAGACAAUCUUGGCUGCUGUGAUGAAUUCACUGCAAGUAGUCUUGUGCUUGUUAAAUUAAUAGUUGAAUAUAAAUGAGUGUCGUAACUCAAUGUUAGAAUUCAAUUAAUAUCAGUUAAUAUGUACUUUUGUUUCUCUUUAUAGGCCAUUGUAUUUAGGGCCUAGAAGAUUUGUGUUGACCAGCCAUUCAGAUGCUAUCACAAUAAAGAUUGAUAGAUAAUAUACCUGGUCAUUUCUAAAUGACAAAAUACUAUCAGCAUGUUUUGUAAAAUGUUUUACAUGUUUCGGAUGUUCCUUCAGAGUUGAAGAUAAUUACUUCCUAAUCCAAACCUCCCGAUGGACGACGGGGGAUGGGAGCGGGCAGGGUUUGAACCCGGGACCAUCGAUAAAUCUGAACGACAGUCCAGCGUGCAAACCGCACGACCAGGCAGCCAGUCUAUAGCUCUGUAGCUUGUUAUUCACAUGAUAGAAGCAUAAUAUUUGACUUGGCUGUCAUGAAUUUCCAUUUUGAUGAUGAAGAAUAAUUAGCAUUUUUUUUAUUUAUAUUAUUUGCAGAUCUUACAAAAUACGUUGAAAGUAGAAAUGUAAUUCUUUAUGGUUUAAGUUGGCUGCAUAAUGUUGUGCUAUGCCCACUAGACUGUCAUUCAAUGGGUUUAAACCCUAUCUAUUAUAUCCCCUGCCGUCCUGCAAGAGGUUUCGGUUAGGAUGUAAUUAUCUUCACAUCUGAAGGAACAGAUUAUAUUUAUUUUAAGUCUUUUGACGGUAUAAUUGAAAAUUAUAAUUUUUAGGAUACUUAAUUACAGCAGUUGCUAAUAUGUUGAUAUUCUUUUGGUGUUAUACCUAAAUUUUCCUUUUUAUUAGGAAGUAUUAUUGUUUUCUCAGUUAUAAUACAUUGAUAUAUGCAAAUGUUUCCAUGUUUAAUUAAUAUUUUAUGUUGUGAUAACUUUAUUAGACAAAUCUUAUGAAUGAUGGAGUUAAAACAAUGUGCGUUCAAAUUUGAUUUAUGGCAAGCAUUAGAAUAAUAAUUAAUUAUUGAUGGACAUAUUUAUCAUUGACAACCUGCUAUUUCAAUAGUCAGUGCUAAGGUAUUUAGAUUUUCCAUUAUUCAUUGAAUACCUAUUUUUUUCCUGAACUUUCUCAAAUAAAAAAUAUUUAUAAGUCAAUUAUUAUGAUUCAAUACAUUUGAAAUAGGCAAGUACAUGUAAUCAAGAUGUUGGGAGGCAUAGGAGGAUUGAAACCUGUUGUUACUCUUGUCAUGCUACUCAUAUAUAUAUUCUUAAAAAUUAUGCUGACUGUUGAAGGACUAUCAUCAAGCUGUGGUUAUGAUUUAAUCAGGUCCAUUUUAAAUCCAGAUUGUUUUGAUCAACAUGAGACAUUAUGGUAGUCAUUUUGAAAAUGUUGCUGCUCUGACAUAAGAAUUCCAUUAAGUAUCAUAUUUAUAUGAUUGUAGUCUUUAGAAUCAAUCUUAUAUGAUCAAUAUGAAAGUUUUUGAUUUCAAAAUCAGUUUGUUUUUAAUGUAAUUAAUGGUUAAUUUAUGCAUCUCAAUGCUAUUUACAUCCAUGUCAGAUGUCUUCAUGUUAUAAAGAUUAAAUAUGUACAUUUUCAUAAGCAA